AUGGCAGAAGAGACCCAUCUGAUUGAUGAACUGCCGGUAAAGAGGCCGCAGGAGGAGGAGGCGGAAGAGAACGGUGGUAUUUCUGUUAAGAUGGAAAAGAGUAACGAGGUGGGGCCGCCUGAGUGUAUUUCCACUAUUAUCCCUGGCUGGUUAUCUGAAAUUAGCCCAAUGUGUCUUGGCAAGUUCGCAACUCUUUUUACGUAUGAUCAAGAUUACUCAUGUAAUGACUAUAUAUUUCAAGUUCCCUGUAUUGAUAAAGUUCAAUUUUUUGGUCACCAAUUUUUCUCUACUUAUUUGUGGGUUCGCCAUUAUCCGGAUGGAACUAGACAGUAUAUCGAGGGGGCCACUAAUGCAGAUUAUGUAGUAACAGCUGAUGAUGUGGACAAAUUUAUAGCCGUUGAAUGCAUACCAAUGAAUGAACAAGGACAACAGGCUUAUCCUCAUCCAUUGAACCCUUUCCAUCUGCUUGGGGCCUUCACCAAUGGUCAACAAUGUGUUGGAAAUGGGGCACGGCAGUGCUCUACAUUUUCUGCCAGAGCUUCAUCCGAGACAACAUGGACUAUGCGAACUACCUUCCCAGAAUAA